AUGGAAAAAGGAUGGCUCUUCUCCAUGUUUUAUUGGGUCACCGUGCCCACUGUCACAGGCCAACUUGAAGACAUCAUCACACAGGCAGACGUGGUCCAUGCUUUGCCGGGUACCGACGUGACCCUGGUGUGCAGCCUCCCACGAUCGGAUCUCCUCCACGUAACGCAGGUGCAAUGGUCCAAGACUGACGGCAACCAGCUUAUCCCAGUCGCUGUUUAUCACCCCGUUUAUGGCAUCCAGUACUUUGAACUUCAUGAGACAUCUUCCAACUUUUCGGUGUCCUUCAGCAUCGGGAAAUGCUGCAGCAGAGAAGCGCAAGGCGCUUGGUGUUCUUCUAGCCCCCAGGCCCUCCUGGCGUGCAACCAGUACGCUCUGCACCUGAGAAACGUCACCAUCUCCCUGAGCGGGCACUACGAGUGCAGCCUUGUCACUUAUCCCUUCGGGACAAAGGCCGGCAGUAUCCAGCUCAUUGUGGCAGCAGAAGAGGAGAAGCAUUACCUGAAGGAAGUGCAGUUAAACGAGACUCUAGAAAUUCCAUGUCUUGGGAAUGCGACCUCAGAAAAUCUGUCCAAUUAUCCUUUGAAGUGGCUAGUGGAGGAAAAUGGAAGCAAAGAAGAACUCAUAGCUAAGGAGCCCUCCACUGCUGCGGUAUACAGGAACCGUAGUGUGUUGCAUGGAGAAAGAAUCCACCUGGGUCUGAAUAAUUCCCUAAAGAUUUCCCCCACCAAGCUCUCUGAUGACGGCAAGGUGUUUUCGUGCCAUGUGGUGUACCAUCCAGAGCGAACCCGCAAGACCAGCACCACAGUGAGAGUCCUGGCCUACCCUGAAAUCUCUGUCACCCUACAAGAGGGCUCAGCUGGCACCUUGCAAAAACCUAACGUCAGCUGCGUGGUGAGGAAGGCGUUCCCCAAGCCCCGCCUGGUGUGGUACAUGGACAGAGAGAUCCUCACGGACCAGUCCAGAGAAAUAUCUGUUGAACAAGAAGAUUCACAAGAUAAUGAAGGUUUCUAUCAGCUACAGUCAACACUGAUGUUGCAUGAAACCCCAAAGGCUCAUAAGAUAUUCUCAUGUGCAUGUCUGUUUUCCAUCCAAAGAAAUGAAAUAUGGAAUAUUUCAUCAGAAGAAAUAUUUUUUUCUUUUG